AUGUACAAAACUUUCUUAUUUUGUCUUGUUGUUAUUGGUGGUGCAUGCGCUUCGGUUCCAUUGCAAAAUCAACCGAAGAAGCUUCAUCGUCUCGAUUCGUAUAAAAGUCCCGCCAAAUUGGGUAUUGAUCUAUGUCCCGAGUGUAUCGAGGAAUCCGUUGAAGUGAUCAAUGUUCUACUCAAUUUGAUUCUUGACGAAGGUAUUAUCGAAUCUUGUAGUGCUCUGUGUGGUGCUCUUGCGAAUCGAACUGGAUCUGUAAUCAUCGGCGAUCUUUGUUCUGUUGUAUGUGAAGCAUUUGGUAUCGAUGAAUUUGUGAAAGUGAUUAUCAAAAUGGAUCUGGAUCCCAUUUGGUACUGUGAAAUUCUCGAGCUUUGUCCAAUUAACGAUCAUGGCGAUGCUAAAUUUAUCAAUUUUCAAGUUACACCGAAGAGUGCGCCGGAAGGUUCAACAUUUAUCUUUGAUUGUUCAUUUAUCAGUGUCAAUGGUACGGGAACAGGAACUAUUAAUAUCGAACUUCACGACCCAAAAAACCGAACAGCAGGUAAUCUCUAUUGGUUUGAAGCGAGAAAGCCUGGUACAUAUCCUGAAAAAAUCGGCUUUCAGACAUUAUUUGAACUUGACUGUGAUCCUACUGAAGAAGUGUGUGAUGGCUGGCCAAUUGGUACUUAUAAUAUAACUGCUCAAGUGUGCAAUGGUGAAUGUGGUUCGCAACAUCCUCAUUCGGCUAUUUAUGACACAGCAAAAGAUCCUAUUUAUGUGCGUGAAAUUUCACCUCCACCCAUUCUUUCGUGUAUUGCAAAACCAAUAUUCAUCAAAGCAAUGUACAAAACAUUGGCUUGCAUUUUCAUCGCCAUCAUUGGCUUCACUAGUGCUUCCAACGUUGCCAAAGGUAACACACACAACGUUGUUCAUGUCAAACCAAAUGUUCGUCUUGACCUCUGUCCAACAUGUAUCAACAUUGCUGAUCAAUCGAUUAAUAUUUUACUUAAUUUAAUUCUUGAUACUGGUAUUAUUGGUACAUGUGGUACAUUAUGUCAAGCUUUAGCUCAAAAAACUGGAUCAGCUAUUAUUGGAACUGUAUGUGAUUUAGUCUGUGAUGUUGUUGGCAUUGAGGAGUUUAUCAAGUUAAUCGAAAAAGCCGAUCUCGAUCCAAUUUGGUACUGUGAAAUCGCUAAAAUGUGUCCAAUCAAUGAUAACGGCGAUGCUAAAAUCACCACAUUUUCCAUUACCCCACCAAGUGGAGUGAAAGGAACCACAUUCAACAUUGAAUUCGCCUAUGUUUCAAAGAACGGAACUGGUACUGGCGAACUUGACAUUGGUAUCCACUGUCCUGAUCGUAUGCCAGUUGGCGCAAGUUUCUUAUUAGAAGCGAAAAAAGCUGGUACAUAUACUGAAAAGAUCAGCGUCAAAGCUGAACCUGAUCCACGAUGCGAUCCAACUCAAGAACCAUGCGAAGAAUGGUUACCAGGAACAUACAAUGUGACUGUUCAAAUUUGUAACGGAGAAUGUGGAUCACAUCAUCCUCAUUCAGCUAUUUAUGAUACCGCUAAAGGAUCAUUUCAACUUACAAAAUAA